AUGACCAUCACCGUCAUUCUAGGCGCCCAAUGGGGCGACGAAGGCGUGAGUUCCUCCAUCGGAAACCAAAGGGAAAACUGGUUGAUAUCCAGUCGCGGGAGGCGCAACUCUGUUGCCGAGCUGCCGGUGGAUGGAGUUUCCUAUAGCUUUCACCUCCUGCCCUCCGGGCUCAUGAAUCCCCGGUGCAUGAACUUCAUCGGUUCCGGCGUUGUUUUUCACAUGUCAAAGACUGACUCGGUCGCCCCCAGCCCAACCUUCUUCAGCGAGCUCAAAGAGCUUGAAGAGAAGGGUCUGACUGCGGUACACGACCGCAUCCUUGUUUCGGACCGUGUCAAUGUCCUCCUGGACAUGCACAUGGCAGUGGAUGGCCUGGAGGAGAAGGAGCUUGGAGACGAAGCCAUUGGAACAACAAAACGCGGUACCGUACCCUCACAGCUCCCUACUGCGCUAUUCCCUGUUUGCUGGGUUCGCGCCUUCACAAGCACCCCCGUAAAUGAAGCGCAUCGGCCCAUGCUACCAAACAAGCAGAGCGGUAAGACUUUACUUGGCUUGAUGAGGGCGUCGCACUGUGCGCUGACGUUUUCCCAGCGAACUGGCAUCAAGUUGACAGACAUCUUCUAUCCCGGAAGCUUGGAGAAGAAGAUGAGGCGCUUAGCUGAUGGCUAUCGAAAGCGCUUCGGAGAGCUGUUCACGUACGACGUUGAAGCCGAGCUCGCUCGUUUCGAAGAGUAUAGGGAGACGAUGGGCAAGUACGUCGUCGACGGCGUGUCCUUCAUGGCAUCCGCGCAGCAGAGCGACUCCAAGAUUGUGAUCGAAGGCGCAAACGCACUGAUGCUAGAUGUUGAUUACGGCUCGUACCCGUUCGUCACUUCGUCGAAUACCACGCUCGCUGGCGUCAUCGGUGGCCUCGCUCUGAACCCGAAGAACAUUACGGAGACGGUUGGGGUCGUCAAGGCUUACACCACCCGCGUCGGUUGGGGCGCCUUCAAGACCGAAGAUACGGAAGAGGGACGUCGACCGGCCGCAGGCGCCGAUGUGGAUGGUGAGCUUUCUUCACUUUUGCUGCCGAUCAACUUGCUAACUGUUGGUAGGCUCGACCUCGUGGUUGUCAAAUACAGCAACUCCAUCAACUACUACACCAGCCUCAAUCUCACAAAAGAAUUGGACUCGUACCCUGCGGAUCUCGAGAUCUUGGAACGAGCCGAGGUGGUCUACCACGAGAUGCCAGGUUGGCAAAAGCCAACCACCAACGCGCGCACCUGGUACGACCUGCCCAAGAAGGCUCGCGACUACGUGGAGUACAUUGAGCAAUUUGUGGGAGUCAAGAUCAAGUACGUUGGCACCGGACCCGAACGUGAGGCCAUGAUACAGCGCGCAUGA